UAUUAUCCAAACAGAUUUUCUCUUCACCAUUUUCUCGGAAAAAAAUGGCAAUCUCAUCUCUUUAUUUCAUCUAAUCCAAAUUGAUUCAGAAAAAAUUACUGUCCGAUGGCACUUUUCAUCAGUUCACCGGAAAUAUCCACGGUUAAAAUUCCCUUUAACCGUCCCAAUUUGAACCCGAAAGUCAUCAAGAGCCUGACGGUGUUGAGAAAUGACGAGAGAAUUGGGUUUAGGGUUAGAGCCAGAGCUGAUUUUAGAAGCUCUGUGGUUAGGGUUUCGCAGGUGAAUCAAUUGUACGGACAUUUUUCGGCUGCGGUAGAGCAAGAAAGCAAAGAAGAAGCAGAGAAGCAGGAUUAUUAUGUGAAUAUGGGAUAUGCUAUUAGGACUGUGAGAGAGGAGUUUCCUGAUAUUUUUUAUAAAGAGCCCAGUUUUGAUAUCUACAGGGAUGACAUUGUAUUUAAAGACCCUCUCAACACUUUUAUUGGAAUUGAGAACUAUAAAUCAAUCUUCCAGGCACUGCGUUUCUAUGGAAGAAUAUUUUUCAAGGCUUUGUGGGUAGAGAUUAUCAGUGUAUGGCAACCUGUGGAGAAUGUCAUAAUGGUUCGAUGGACUGUGCAAGGCAUCCCCCGAGUCCCAUGGGAGAGUCGCGGUCGAUUUGAUGGGACAUCCGAGUACAAACUUGAUAGGCAUGGAAAGAUCUAUCAGCACCGAGUUGAUAAUGUUGCACUUAAUUCACCUCCAAAGUUUCAAGUAUUGGCUGUGGAGGAAUUAAUCCAAUCUAUCGGUUACUCCUCAACCCCGAAACCAACAUGUUUUGAAAUUUCAUCCACAGUCUUCAAAGAGAAAAUAGAGAGGUAAAGUACAAACCGAAUUUGAUAAGUGAUGGGGUAAAAUAUGAUUUUUAAGAUCAACCCGAGUUUGAGCUGAUUUGCCAUCUUUACUGUAUAAAACCAACGCAACUUUUAUUAUUCAGGUGGACUAUACAGGAUAUACUGCAGUAGAUAUGUAUAAAUUUUGUAUAUACUAGUGAGCAUUAAACGAACGUUGCAUCAUGGACCAUGGUUGGUUAAAUUUGUUGUAUGCAUUUUGAUCUAACAUCCUAAUGUUGUUAGUGUAUGAAAGCAACACAGAAUCUAUAUUUAUUUGUUUUUAUUUUAGGCAA